AGCAGCUCAUCACGCACAACACACCUCAUACACACAGGUAGACAGAGAGAGACCCAAGCUCAGGAGUAGAGAGCAGAGGAAGAGAGGAGAUGGGGAGAGCACCCUGCUGCGACAAGGCGACGGUGAAGAAGGGGCCAUGGUCGCCGGAGGAGGACGCAAUGCUUAAGAACUACAUCGAGGAGCACGGCACUGGGGGCAACUGGAUUGCGCUGCCACACAAGAUAGGGCUGAAGAGGUGUGGCAAGAGCUGCAGGCUGAGGUGGCUAAACUACCUGAGGCCAAACAUCAAGCAUGGGGACUUCACCCCCGAGGAGGACAGCAUCAUCUGCAGCCUCUACAUUAGCAUAGGGAGCAGGUGGUCAAUCAUUGCCGCGCAGCUGCCGGGGAGGACUGACAACGAUGUCAAGAACUACUGGAACACCAAGCUGAAGAAGAGGCUCCUCGGCCGUCGCAAGGACCGCGACGCCCACCACCGCCAGAGCGCCGCCGCUGCCACGAGUGAGAUGUCCACCGAUAACAUGAACGACGGUGAGCGGGCGCUGAGCGCGUCGGCGAUGGAGAGGAUCCAGCUCUGCAUGCAGCUGCAGGAGCUGCAGAACCCGCUCGGCGCACACCACAGCCCCAUGGCGUGGCCUGGCACCCUGAGCAACAACAGCUUCAACAGCAACAGCAGCAGUGUGACAGUGGCUGAACAAGGGCAGUCCAGCUCCAUGAACGAGCACCUGAUGAAUGCGCAGCUGGAGGGCGCUGCCAUGGACGGCCUCGGCUCGCCGUCGAGCGCGGAGAACUCGAACGUGAUCAGCAUGGAGGCUGAGCUUGAAGAGCUGCUCUAUGGAGAGGGGAACCGAGGGAAGGCCGGUGCGGUCGACGGCGGUGUCCAGCAAGGGGAUGUGGACUGGUGGAGCUAUGACCAGGGGAAGUUACCUAUGGGUUCCUGGGACUUCACCCCGGAAGCAAACGCAGUGUUCCAGGACUACACAUCUGUUUACGACAUUUGAAGAGUGAAGUGAACAAGCUGUGGAUUAAGAUAGAGAGGUGAUAGGAGUUGUCUAGAGUUGGCUCUGGAUUUGUGACAUCUACAUAAACUGGAUUAAGCAUCUUGUAAGAAAUUAGUGGUAAGAUGUAAGGUAUAAAAUAAAUGCAUGUAAAAAAUGCCAGGUUCUAAGAAAUGAUAUGGCUUCUUUCUGUCAAAA